AUGCAUCAGUUAAGACUAGACGUUCAUUCGGAACUCAUAAUUAAUGACACAUUGAAAAUGGACAAUACUACAAAUACUGUUGAAGGCUGUGUUGCUGAUAAGCUUACUGAUGUGGUUGAAAGUGUUAUUGAACAAAACGAAGAGUUCCUUGACGCAUACGAUGAUGAGCUGUAUGAUAUAUGUGAAUCGGUUGAGAGAAAUAUCGGAUUAACAGAAAUGGAACAUCCCCAGGAACCAGAGAGGCCACAAAAAAGAAACAUCGAACUUGAAGACAAUAAUAAUACGAAAAAGGUGAAAUGCGAAGAAACCUGUGAUUCAGAAACUUGUAUCACCGAUGAAAUGGUCAAGUGUAAAUUCUGUCAAAUACUAGUUCGUAAAAAGUACUUCGCAACCCACUCGAGAAGCAAACUUCAUAAAAAUAAUAUAUCUAAAUUGCAUAAUACGCUAAAAGUAUCUGUUGAGUCGGCUUUUGGCAAGCGAGUCAUUUCAUACAAAAUGAACGACAAAGUUAUUGACCAGUGCGAAACACCGGAAGUAUUUUUGAAUUCUAUCAAGAAUGAAAUAAUGGUAUUGAUACAGAAAUGUAUUGAAACGUAUAAUGUAACUAAACCUUAA